GACGAUUCAAAUUCAAAUUAAACAAGUAAUUUAUGAUAUUCAAAUCCAACUUGAAUACUAACUAUUAUCAACAUUUUAUUUUACCUGAAUCCUAAAUUUAAAAUAGUUAUUUUUUCAAAUUACUCAUUUAAUUAAUAGUAUUUACACUCAUUUAUAAAAUUUCAAAAAGAAUUUAUUAAGAAUAAAAAUACCUUUUUUUUUUUUUUUUCAUUUAUAAUUUUUUAAUUAUUUAAUUAAUAUACUAAAAGAAAACAAUCCCCUAAUAGGAAAAAUAGAUGUUGUGGGUACAAUUCGGUACUCAAUAACCCGACGCUCCGAAUAAUCUUCCGGAUAGUAAAAUUCCCGUCGAUUUUAAGCACAACACAAGAAGCUUUAUCUUUUUCCCCUUUCUACUAUACCCUAGAAAACGCUGAGGACGAUGGACCCGUUUUAUGCGUCAGUACGGGAGAUGCGUGCGUCAAUGGUGUCAGUAGAGGUGAUACGGAGGAACUUUGCGGAAUGGGAUGUUUCGCCUUAUCAGUACCAAAAGUCGAACAUGGAUGAAUCUGAAAAUUGGUGCCACCCUUUCUGGACAGCUAACCAUGCUAACGGAUUCAGAAAGAGUUUUACUGAGACUUGCAAGCGCUACGAGAGUUUCGAUUUCUCCAUUGAGCCAGUCGUAGAUGGUAAGGUGAAGCAUUGCAGCUGCUCUGAGUUGGACAUUAUUACUAAUUUCGAGGAUUCUUUAAUCCAAAAGACUCUUACAGGAAGACUGUUCCGUGGCACCAUUGUUGAAGGAUCUGUAAGCCGACCUGCUAUUGUAAAGACAUGGGAUUAUCUCCUUCCUAUGGAACUUGAGAAUGGUCCGCGUCUGUAUAAAUUUUGUGAUGAGAUCGAGUUAUUAACAAAUGAAAGAGCAAAUAAACAUCCAAAUUUGGUGAAGUUCUACAAGUGCUGUUUCGAUAGGAGGCUGGCAGUUGUCUAUGAUGCAGAGUUCACUAGAGUCUUGUCAGACGUUCUUCUGGAUGAUGACUUUGGGUGGGAUAAGCGGAUUAAAGUGGCAAUCCAACUCGCAGAUCUCUUGUCAUGGUUGCACAAGAAUGGGAUUGCAGUUGGCAGCGUUACUAUUGAAUGUAUUAUGAUAGAUGAUGAAGUAAACAUAAAAGUUUUUGACUUUGGUUACGUAUCAAAUCAUGUGAAUGAAGAUACUACAAUUUCUGCUCUAGUUCGUGUUGGCCAGGAAGCUCCAGAGAUUUUCAGUGGCAUGUACGCGGACGAUGAAAUCUGAUGUUUAUAUAUUUGGCCUUCUACUGCUACAACUGAUAGCCAAUAAGGAGGUUAUUUGUGACGGUCCUGAUUUUCUGGAACAGAGAGCCAUAAAGGAGGCUAAGCGCGGUAAAAAAUAUCUGGUUCGUGAGUGCUUCAAAGAAGUUGAUCAUUCAACUGCAUUUGAGAUCACACUUCUGGCAUUCCGCUGCUUGCAUAUUGAUCGGCCAGACUGGAGGCCGAAGAUGGAUUACGUUCUGAAUGCUUUGACAGACUUAAGGGAUCGAGCAAGGGGGGAGAUACAAAAUAGAGAUGAAAUCGAGAGCCAGAGAGCCAGAAUAUAAUAACUGCUACCGGUUAGCUAUGCUUUUUACUAUCAUAAGUAUGAACUGCAUUUUAAGCUACUUAUGAUGAUGGAAACUCUUUAGAGAUGUUCUAAAUCUUUAAGCCAAGCUAUUGUAAGACAUUCUACUUUUCUUUC